GCGAGCGGGUGGCCUUGUCCAUGAUGGCCCUCCAGAACCGUUGUCGGAGGAAAUCCAGGGUGCGGGUUAUGCCUGGUUGGCAGGUUGAGGUCCUUGAUGCAAAGACAAGAAAGCAGAUUUGUUUCCUAGAUAAGGUGGAGCCCUACUCCACAAUAGCAGACAUCAAGAGUCUUGUUCACAAAUCCUAUCCCCAGUGGUAUCCAGCCCGUCAGGCCCUGAAGCUGGACCCCAAGGCCAAGGCCCUGAGGGACGAGGAGGUGCUGCAGAGCCUCCCCGUGGGGACCACCGCCACCAUGUACUUCAGAGACCUGGGCCCCCAGCUGGGCUGGACCAUGGUAGAAAGACCCCGCUCUCAGGAGUGUUUCAUUGGUCUUGUCAUGUGUGUGACUCUCUUCUCUCAGGUGUUUCUGGCAGAGUACAUGGGCCCUCUCUUCACCUACCUGAUGUUCUACUUCCGCCUACCCUUCAUCUACCCCCACAGAUACGCCUUCACCUCCAGCCCGCUGACCGUCACCACACUGGCGUGUGCGUGUCACACGGGUCACUACAUGAAGAGGUUGGUGGAGACUAUCUUUGUGCACCGGUUCUCCCACGGGACCAUGCCACUGAGGACUAUCAUCAGGAAUUGUGUAUAUUAUUGGGGAUUCUCGGCUUGGUUGGCCUACUACAUUAACCAUCCACUCUACACACCCCCAUAUUAUGGAGAUCUACAGAUCAAUUCUGCAUGUGCUCUUUUUGUGCUGUGUGAGGUGGGAAACUUCUCCAUUCACUUGACGCUGAACAGCCUCAAAGGAGAAGGAACCAAGGUCAGGAACUUCCCCACUCCGACCAGAAACCCCUUCACUUGGUUGUUCUUCUUCGUUUCAUGUCCAAACUACACCUACGAGGUGGGCGCUUGGCUUGGUUUCUCCAUCAUGACCCAGUGUCUCCCAGUGGCCUUGUACACACUGCUGAGUUUCAUCCAGAUGAGCGUCUGGGCCAGGGGGAAGCACAGGGCUUACACCCGGGAGUUCAAGGCCUACCCGGGCCUACGUAUGGCCAUCGUCCCCCUGGUGCUCUGACGGCCUGUGGAGCUCCUGGUCAUUGCUGUACUCAGGACGAGGUCAGCAUGGCACUGAGAAUGAGUCCUCUGGAAUAUACUGACUAUACUUGUUUUCCUUUCUUUCUUUUUUUUACAAUUAAUACAAGAUUUAUUGCCAGUUUGUUUAAUAAAAUGUUAUUUAUGCUGUUUGUAUGCAAACUAUGCAAACCUCCUGGUCAUCCAUGGAGAAAAUGUCACAGCUUGCAAAGGAAAGCAGCGAUCAGACACAGAAGGAAGAUGCAAAAGUAAGCUUUACUUAAUGUAUACAAGCAGACAGAAAACAACCCACAAUUACCAGCAAAUUGUGGCAGAACCUAGGGAACGUAAAUACAUGAAACACAUGCAAACAUAAUUACUAAACAACACAAAGCAGAAACAGGCUGUUUGGUUGGGGCAGGAUCAUAAAAGAAAAG